AAAAUAUUAAUAUGGAGUCCACUACUAAGCAGGUCGCUGAGGAGGGCCAGUGGGAUCUUUUGCGGCUGGAAGAUGUCCGCUCAGGAAGAGCAAGCCAUGGCAAGGACUAUGCACUCCGAGUGAUGGCAGCCAUAUCUUCAUACAUCCUGCAAUGCAAUUGUGUGGAGCAGCUGUUACCAUAUCUCGAAAAAUGUGGUGUGGUGGCCAGUAAAGUGAGGUCACAUAUCCUGAGUCGGUCGGAGGGCGAGGCCGCAAGCAACCUAAGCAAGUUUUUGAAUGCAAGGUCUCGUGAGCAAGGAAACCAGAGAGGUAUAAUUGAGGGUAUCUACCUGGCUCUCCUGGACUGCUAUGAGGAGUCUGGGAGUGUGUGGUGUCACGGCAUGGCUGUCAGUGGACUUAGACCUGCAGUGAGACUCGAAUUGGAACUAGAGGACGUCAAUUUCUAUGAUUUGGCAGUCAUGGUGCAAAAGGUUCCAUCUACAAACCUACCAGAAGUGGAUGCGGCGAGAUUGACUGACGAGCUUGGGCUGAGCAGCUAUGGCACUCUCACAGAUCUCAAGAAGAUCAUCCAGAUUGCUUUCAGCACCAGAGUUUCAUUUCACAAGCUGGUGUCAGCUCUUCUGCUCACUCGAAACACUGGCCGAUACCUCAGCCUGCUCUUACCCUACUGCCACAGCAACCCACCGUGGGUGUAUGAGGUGCUACAGACACUGGGUCAGAACUGGAUUAGACUGGCAGUCUACCUGGGCUACUCUGAGGUGGAGAUUGGUGCCAUAGCCAGAGCUGGAGGGGGAGACCCCCAUCAUCAGAUACAAAUGUUCAUGAGGGUGUGGUGGAUGCCAGACUGUGGGACUGAGGAGACAGUGGGCCUUCUCAAUCAACUGCUCCACAGCACCCUGAAAAUCUUCAAUGAUCCGAUUCAUGUGCAAAUCAGUCACUGGGACAAAGGGCUUGCUCUGCUCAAAGCUUGUCUGGACAAUGACUGGGGAAAAGCUGAAGCUGUUGUAAAGGCAGGGAGCUUCUUGGGUGCCCGCAGUGAUGAUGGGAGGACUCCACUAAUGCUAGCGUGCAUCCGGGGGAAAGAGAAAAUAGUCAAUCUGCUCAUUGACUAUGGGGCUGAUGUUCAAGCUGUGGAUGUGAGAGGCGAGGCUUGCCUCAACUACACCGAGACACUUAGAAAUCGGGCAAUUCUCGAGCAUAUCCUGAGAGAGUAUCAGAAACUGAGAGUAUCAGUUGAUGUAGAGUCUCUGGUAACUGGGUGUUCCCCUCUAUCUACUGCCUGUAAGUGUGGAGCCUUCGCCUCAGCUGAGCUGCUCCUGAAGUAUGGUGCCAACCCAAAUGGCUGUGAAAAUGUUAGUUACAUGUUGGUGUCAAUUGUGGCAUUGCCCCAUCGUGCCUCGCCGUGUCGCAAGGAUAGAAUCCAUUUCUAUUUUCCCGCUACAACACGACGCGGCAAGACGCAACGGGGCAAUGCGAUGAACCCAGCCUUACUCAUGUGUGUGUUCAUGUUAAUGCUAUAGGGAAGGCAUCGUCCUCUGGUGGAGGCCAGUGCUCAGGGUCACGUGGGACUAGUCAAUAUGCUGCUAAGAUACAGAGCAGACAUUGAUGCUACUGGCAAGUUGCAGAAUGGGUACACUGCUCUGCUUCAAGCGUGCACCAGCAAUCACUGGGGUGUGGCCCAAGUGCUCAUGAACGAGGGAGCUGACGUCAACAAGUGUGUGGCAAGUGAUUGCACAAGUCCGCUCUUUUUAGCUGUGACAGCAAACGAAUACAGAAUUGCUUCUGAACUCAUCAAGAAGGGAGCUUCUGUGAAUGCUGUGAGAUUCCAACCAGGGGCAGUGGAAGGUACAGUCGAAGUAACUCCACUAUCCCAAGCAGCUGGCAAAGGACUGAAUGCCAUGGUCACCCUGCUCCUCAACAAUGGAGCCAAUAUCAAUUACCUCUGCUCUGACACACUGCCAGCAAUAGCAUUCGCAAUCCUUGGUGACCACAUUGAUACAUUUCAUCUGCUCUUGGACAGCCCAAACCUCGUCAAGACACUGGCUGGGCUAACGCCAGUCAUUGUCACCUCUGUGAGGACAGAGAAAUACUACUACACUGAAAAGCUGCUCGAGCUUUUUGGUGGACCACAAGUGGCAGUGAUGCAAGCCCAAAACGACCGCAUGGAUAUGCUGGUGGAAAACAUUAUGAUGUACAUGCAGGCAGUGAAUCACCCUGAACUUGCAGAGGUCGGCUCCGUGCAACAAGAGCUCAUGGCUCCAGCCAGCAGGCAGAUGAGACUUGGUCCAGGAGACCAGGAGAAGAUAAACUCUGUCCUGACAGACUUUUCCAGGAUCUGCAUGUCUGCCAUCUUGAAUAAUCCUGACAUACAACCAGAGAGUCUGAUAGAGGGAGCCGAAGCCACUGGAAACGUGCCUGUUGCAAUUUUUCUUCGCCAAAAACUGUCGGGUUCAAUGUCGGAUCAAGAACUGAGGCAAAACUUUCUCCUGGGUGAUCGCUCUCCACUGCGAUUUUUUAUUGAAAACAACAUUCUUACCAUGGAAGUAUUUGUGGUUGAGGUGUUCAAGUUUCGUCCUGAUGAUUAUGAUGCCUUUUACAAAGACCUUGUUUGGACCUUUCAACACAUGAGUGGAGGGGCUGACCUUCCAAGUACUGUUGAUUCGAUGCUGAAACAGCUUUUCAGUGGAAGAUUUACUCCCAGGACUUCCCCACAGGCCGACACACAGAGUGGAACAGAAACCUACCAUAAAUUGAAGGAGCCGGUAGAGCCACAACGUCAACAACAAGCUUCUGAGCCAUCUCAUGACUCGCGUACCCGGAUGGGAAAGGACAUGUUGGCAAACUUGAAGGAGACUCCAUUGCCAGAGCACAAGACCAGUGACGAUGGGAAAGGGAACCAAACUAUGCCUGUAGAAAAGUCCGAGGGUGUUCUUAAGGCUGUGGAGAAUGUGGAUAACAACACAAGACUGUCUCAGAGCCACACUGAUGAUCCUCCACUCAGUGCUCAGGAUGGUCAAAGGGUGCAUAUUACAGAUACAGCAAGACCCAGAGUGGUUAGCGGAGUUGGAGUUGAAGGAAUCAAUACUAAACUUGGCGGACCGGCAGAAUAUGACUCACCAGUUACUCCUCCUACACAUCAUACAGAGAUGGCUCCUCAGUCUACAGCCCCUAUUUCAGAGUCUGCUGACAUACCUACAGAUGAUGGACCCUCACCUGCAUCUGUAGACAGUCAUGCACCUGCCUCACCAGAGUCUGCUAAUUUUUCCUUGCUAGAGUCGGCUGUUGCUCCCACAGGGAGCAGUGGAGCUUCACCUACAUCAAAAAAUGCUGGUGUAGACUAUCUUCCUAAUGCUUUGGUUUACCCAACUGGAGUUGUGCUGGGGCAAGGUGCCUACGGUGUUGUACUGGAGGUCGAAUACAAAGGAGUGGUUUACGCUGCUAAGAAAUAUCGAAUGGCGUCUUUUGGAAAUGCCACACUCGGAGCAUUUAGUCGAGAGCACGAUAUCUUGGCACGAAUUCGACAUCCCAACGUUGUGCCCUAUCACGGCAUAUGCAAAUUAGCCACUGACAAAUCGACAGUCAUAGUGAUGGAAAGAAUGGAAAAGAACGUGCUUACAUUGCUGAAAGAGAAAGCAGACAUUGCUCUUGCUGUUAAACUCAAACUUCUGACCGAUGUUGCCAGUGGGCUGCAGCACCUCCACGAGCAAACUCCGGCUAUCAUUCACCGGGAUCUCACGGCGGGAAACGUGCUUUUGAACAGUGAGGGAGUUGCAAAAAUCAGCGAUUUUGGAAACUCCCGAAUGGUUGAUCUGCGGGCAACCCCUGAAAUUUUGACCUCUAAUCCUGGCACCCUUGACUACAUGCCCCCUGAAGCGCUUGAAGGUGGCGAAUACACAGUCAAGCUGGACAAUUUUUCGUUUGGUCAUCUUGCCAUACACGUAAUCCUUCAACGUCGACCACACCCACUUCUAAGGCACACAUACAAGGAAGCUGGUAAACUAACUCCUCGCACAGAAGUUGAACGACGCAAAUUGUACCUAAAAGAAGUAAAAUCGAAAUUAUGCUGUGACGAGACUCACUUGCUUUACACUCUUAUCAUUAACUGUCUCAAUGAUGAUCCAGAUUCUAGGCCUUCCUGCAAAAACGCUUUAGAAUGUAUCCAAAAACUAGAAGAGUACCAAAAUUAGGAGAAUUAUUUUUGUAUGUAUAAGUGUAUAUAUAAUAGCUACAUUAAGUUUGAAAGUACUAAACCGUGAGCAGUAUGCGAACAUGGACAUUUUUUGCUGCCAACUAUACUAUGUGCAGCAAAAGUGUUCACUGGACUAGAUGUCCAAGGAUCUGCAAGUUGAAGCAAGAUUUACCGUUCGUGAAACCUGCAACAAUUCGUAUGCAUGCAUAGUUUAUUG